UGGAAUUUAAAGCAAAAUGCUCGUAUGGUCACACUGGUUGUAAAAACGUAAACAAAUUUGCGGCAACACGUGCAUUUACUUCGUUCUCGUUUUAUUAAUUAAAAACAGCCGUAAUAAUGGAAUUAUUCACCGUAAACAGAUAUACGGAAGAUUUAAAGAAACCCAAAGAUGGAAUUCAAGACAUUGCCAACAACGAGGAUGAAAUACUGCAGAAAUUGCUUCAAAAGGCUGCAAAACGCAAGAGGAAACCCAAAGACAGUGAAGUUAUAGAAAAUCCCGCUCCUGAGGCCGUAAUUCCAGAUAAAGAGGAAGCAAAAGACACAGAGGAGCAUGUUGAACCCUUAGAAAAACCCGAAGAAACAGUUGAGGAGAAGGAUGUGCCCUCCAAUGAGUUUCAAGUUCUCGGAGGCGAUGGCUCGGCGACGAAGAAAAGAAAGGUGGAAAUGCAGCUGCCCAGUUGGCUGGCUCAUCCCACAAUUAUCGAAGGUGGAAGCCUGCAGCCAGAGGAGCAGGUACCAGCUUCGGAGGCCAUUGACAAGCUCCACUACUUGAACAAAUCCACCUGCCUGGCUCUCAAGCAGAUGAAGAUCCAGCGCCUAUUCCCAGUCCAACGGCAAGUUAUCCCCUGGAUUCUCGAGGCUCAUGCCAAGCCAGCGCCCUUUCGUCCCAGGGAUAUUUGUGUAUCGGCUCCCACGGGCAGUGGCAAGACUCUGGCCUUUGCCAUUCCCAUUGUCCAGUUGCUGUCGCAACGCGUCGAGUGCAAGGUUCGGGCUUUGGUCGUACUACCAGUGGCAGAGUUGGCUCUGCAAGUUUUCCGGGUCAUUAGUUCGCUGUGCAGCAAAACAGAGCUGGAGGUUUGCCUGCUGUCCAAGCAGCACAAACUAGAGGACGAGCAGGAGAAACUUGUGGAGCUGUACAAGGGCAAAUACUACUCCAAAGUGGACAUUGUAGUGACCACACCGGGUCGCCUGGUGGACCAUCUGCAUGCCACCAAGGGUUUUUGUCUAAAGAAUCUUAAAUUCCUGAUCAUUGAUGAGGCCGAUCGUAUAAUGGAUGCCGUCUUUCAGAAUUGGCUCUAUCACCUGGACAGUCAUGUGAAGGAGACCACAGAUCAAUUGCUGGCCGGCACCCAAGCGCCACUUUGCUAUGCGGAACUUCAGUCCAGCUUCGGCAAGCAGCCACACAAGCUCCUGUUCUCGGCCACGCUUUCGCAAGAUCCGGAAAAGUUGCAGAACCUACGACUCUUCCAGCCGCGUCUGUUCACCACCGUGUUUACCAUGCCCGUAGUGAAGGAUGUAACUGAAGAAAACGCUGAACCAGAAACGAAUUCGGAAAUGGGUCAAUUUGUGGGAAAAUACACAACGCCAGCAGAGUUAACUGAACAAUUCUGCGUGACGGAGCUGCGACUAAAACCGCUGACCCUGUUCGCUUUGGUGGAAAAGUACCAGUGGAAGCGGUUCCUCUGCUUCACCAACAGCACGGAUCAGGCCACUCGCCUGACAAAUGUUUUAACGACGCUCUUUCGCAAGUCGACGACCAAAGUGGCCGAGUUGUCGGGUAAUCUGUCGGCUCUGGUUCGAAACAAGACGCUUGCCAGCUUUGUUAGUGGCAAGCUGAAUGGACUGAUCUGCUCAGAUGCUCUGGCGCGUGGUAUCGAUGUGGCCGAUAUAGAUGUGGUCCUGUCCUAUGAGGCGCCUCGCCACAUUAAGACCCACAUCCAUCGAGUGGGUAGAACGGCCCGUGCGGGAAGACGGGGUACGGCAGUUACCCUGCUCACCGAACAAGACCAGGCUGCAUUCACGAAAAUGCUCCAUGAUGUGGGCAAAGCGCCUGGCGAAGAGAUCCACGUAUCGCCAGACAUUGAGGUGCAACAUUCACUUGACUACAAAAGGGCAUUGGACAAACUGCGCAAUUACCAGCAGCAUGAGAAGACCAAGAAGGCAGUGCAGAAGCGGCGUGUAGCCAAUCAGGCAUUGGUCCAUAAAAAACAGAUCGAGGGCCCCGAUCGUCCACUGACGCUAAUGGAAAAGCUUCAACUCAAGGCGGGCGGUGCUCAUCAAGUGGAUCCCUUCCAAAAACAAAAGACAAAACUCAGAAAAGUCAAACCGAAUUCCCAUCCAAGGGAAACCAUGAAACAAAAAAUCGCCAAAAGCCGAAAGGCCAUCGAGAAGUAAUACUUGGAAAUACCGUUUGGCAUAUGUUGUUUAUUUUAGUUUAUUUUAAUAUUAUAAUGUAAAUAACCAACCAAAUGUUUUUUGUGUAGCGUGAGCUUUUGUUCGGGGUCUCCGGGAGCAGUUUCUUAUCUCUGGGGGGCGCAAGUGAUUCCCCAGCAGGGUCUUCACCGCAAUCGGUGUUUGCUUACCCUGUUUAAAGGUAGUUUUGUCUUCGGGGAGUAUGA